CACUCAACUAUAAACUUCCACACUUCAACCCCCUCUCUCCCUCUCUCUCUCUCUCUAGAACUCUCCUUCGUUCUUAUAUUCCUCUUAAAUCAGGGUCUCUCUAUUCGCUGCUGUUUUCAGCGCUGUUUUUCAGUAUUGUUUUGGGUUCUCCAGCUGCUGAUUCACCUCUGUUUCUUGGAAAAAUCGAAUGGCGCUUGAGGCUCUGAACUCACCCACCACGGCAACGCCGCCGUUCCACCACGAGAACGUGAGCGACCUCCGCUAUAUUGAGUCGUGGGCCAAGGGUAAGCGAUCCAAGCGUUCGCGUAGCAUGGAAUCCCCGCCGCCACCGACCGAAGAAGAAUACCUAGCUCUCUGCCUCAUCAUGCUUGCUCGCGGCCACGGCGGCGCCAACUCCACCGCCUCAAUCUCGCCGCCGCAGCCGUCGACUUCAUCCGAAUCGAAGCUCGUCCACAAGUGUACCGUAUGCAACAAGGCCUUCGGCUCGUACCAAGCCCUAGGCGGGCACAAGGCCAGUCACCGGAAGCUCGCCGGAGCCGACGACCAGUCAACAACAACAACAACCACCACAACAGUGACCGCCGCCGUCAACGGCAGUGGAAGGACGCACGAGUGCUCGAUAUGCCACAGGUGCUUCCCCACCGGCCAGGCCUUGGGAGGACACAAGCGCCGGCACUACGAAGGGGGCAACGGCAAUACCGGUAGCGUCGCAGGCGUGACGUCAUCUGAAGGUGCGGGGUCCACCAUCAGCCACCGUGGAUUCGACCUCGACCUCAACGUGCCUGCCUUGCCCGAAUUCUGGCAAGGAUUCGGCGGUGGCGAGGACGAGGUCGAGAGCCCUCAUCCAGCGAAGAAAGCUCGUUUUUCUUCCCCAACAUGAAUUACUGCAAUUUAGGGGUUUUAGGGAAUUAGUUUUAGUUUUUUUUUUUUUUUUUUUUUCUACUAGUAGUAUUUUUUGUGUAGAUAAGAUCUUGAGCGAGUUUCUGUCUUAGUAUUUUUGUGUCAGUUGAAAUUCAAUUUGUUUGUUUUUUUUAACAGAAA